AUGGCGACCACAGCUGAAGAAAGGAGAGGAUCACUAGUCUAUGGAGCGAGGAAAGCGUCGAUAGUUUCUGUGCGGAAUAGAUCCAUUGUUGACUACGAGGAUGGAAUGGAGAAACCUGUUCCCAUUGUUGAAAAGGCCGACUGGUCGGGAGCCCAUGAGAAGACCGAUCCGAAAGAAAUUGCUCUGGUGAGGAAGCUUGAUCGGUGGAUCAUGCCAAUGCUAUGGAGUAUGUACUGGUUGAACUAUCUAGACCGCAAUGCGAUUGCCCUGGCUCGAUUGAACGAUCUUGAGGAAGAUCUCAACCUUACUAGCACACAGUACCAAACUUGCGUCAGUAUCCUGUUCGUCGGUUAUCUGCUCGGGCAGAUUCCCUCCAACAUGUUCUUGACUCGGACACGCCCAAGCUACUAUAUGGGUUCUGCAAUGAUGCUCUGGGCCGUCGUCAGUGCACUUACAGCUGUCUCGAAGAACUUUACCGGAUUACUUCUCACUCGCUUCUUCCUUGGAUUGACAGAAGCGCCGUAUUACCCGGGUGCAGUAUAUCUUCUCAGCAUCUUUUAUACCCGCAAAGAGGUCGCUACUCGUAUUGCUAUUCUGUACACUGGCAACAUCCUUGCCACUGCCUUUGCGGGCUUGAUUGCCGCUGGCAUCUUUCAUGGACUCGACAACGUCGCGGGCCUGACGGGUUGGCGCUGGCUAUUCAUCCUUCAAGGCGCCGUAACUUUCGCCAUUGCAGUCAUCGGUCUCUUUGUCCUGCCAGACUUCCCUCUCACGACCAAAUGGCUCACUGAGGAAGAACGAGCCCUGGCACACAACCGAAUUGAGCUCGACACCGUUGCCAACCAAGGCGAGACAAGCACGUGGAGGGGCUUUCAGCAAGCCUCUUCCGAUCCGAUGGUUUGGAUCUUUGCUGCUAUGGCGCACAUGCAUCUAGCGGCCAACGGCUUCAAGAACUUUUUCCCAACCGUCGUCCAAACUCUCGGCUUUAACCAGACCAUCACGCUUGUGUUGACAUGCCCGCCGUACCUAAUCGCAGGAGCUGUGACCAUCGCUGUGUCCUGGAGUUCUGGUAAAUUCAACGAACGCACCUGGCACAUCACUAUCUCUAAGAUUGUCGCGACCAUCGGCUUCGUCGCCGCGUGUGCCACAAUGGACUUGGCGGGCCGCUAUGUCAGCAUGGUCAUCUUCACCAUCGGCACCUACGGCGUCAAUUCGUUGAUUCUCGGGUGGUGCGGCAGCACCUGUGGCCAGACGAAAGAAAAGAAGGCCGUCGCGAUUAGUAUUGUCACUACUAUCAUGAACGCCUCGUUCAUCUGGACACCGUACCUCUGGCCGAAGUCUGAUGAACCUCGUUACGCUAUAGCGCUUGGAUCGAGUGCUGGCUUCUCAAUGGCCACGGCUGCGCUAGCGUGGCUUGCGAAGUUCAUUAUGAAGAGGAGGAACAAGAAGCUGCGACAGAUGGACAAUGAGACGACGGUAUUCUAUGUAUACUAA